AUGGACCUGAUCAACCUGUAAGGAAAUUAAAAACUACACGGACCACAAUCCCAACAAAUAAUAUUUCAAUGCAAAUCACAAAUCAACUCCCUAUGAAUUUCUAAAAGGGUUCAAUAAUCAAAGCAAGAAAUAUUUCCUAGCCUCAUUUGAUGAAAUACCAUAUAAAUUGUUGUUCUAAAGCAUGCAUGUUGGUAAAUUAAAGUCAAGGAAAGAAUCUACUCGUUGGUGACCACGACUUUUGAAAGUCGAAAAUUUGCGCGCGAAAAUUCGGGAUUUGAAAAUCUUCCAACACUCCAGCCUAAGCUUGAAGCUUUGCUCAAUUCCCCAUGAGAAGUAAUUUACCGCAAAAACACGAGAAAUCCUGCAACGGCUUGAGAUUCUGGCUAAAUUUUCCGGCGAGCUUCGAUGAAUAUUUUUUGUGGGGUUUGUAGCCCUGAUCAAAAGGAGUACAAUGGUGGUGUCGGAAUUGUGAGAGGUGGCCGAAAAGUGGCGGGAUUGUGGUGAUGGCGCCAGAAAUUCCGGUAACAGAUCGGAGUGGUUUUUGGGUGGGUUUUGUAGAGCUCGAAAAAUGGGAGAGAAUGGCGGUGGUUUCAUGUAAUUUCGAUUGGCGGUUUUACGGGAAAUUAAGUUUUGGUGUUGAAGGUGGGGGAGUUUUAAUGGAGGAUAGAAGAGUAAGAAGAAGAAGAAUUGGGAAGAAUGGUCGGCUGAUGGCUUUUGUUUGUUUAAUUCGUGGUCAAAACCCGGGUGAACUAAAGUCAACAACUCACGCAGACGGUUCUUCGAGUACAUGCGGUCUGCAUGAAUCUUGCUAAAGCAAUCUCUUCUUCGAAUGUUCACGCGAUCUUUUCCAGUGAUAACACGCGGUCCGUGUAUAGGACACGCGGAUAAACCCUCGGCCACACGUGGUCGGCAAAAAAUGUUCUGUAAACCCCCCACUUUUGAAUAAUGACGCGGUCGACAAGGGUGACCACACUCGGUCCGUUUUGGGUCCACGAAGACGAUUCUCAGAGUACGUGCGGACCAUUUGUGAACCCGUGAAAAAUCCCCAAUAUUCACCCUUGACCAAAAUGAAUACCUGGGCUUAAAAUUCAACACUCUUUUAUUGCAAGAAGGAAGAAGAGGAAGUGUGAAAUGCAAAAAGGAUUUAUCUAUAACAAUUAUUCGAAAUUAGAAAUGAUGAAAACAUUAUGUUUUCCAAAAAUGUCGUUCUUUAACUUCUUUGACGAGACUUCCUGCCAGCUUGAUUCAACACCUCGGGACAUCCAAAUGGAUGAUUUCAAGGGAAUUUGCAUUAAAACCUUCAUAUAAUGGAUUCAAACGAUGCCCAUUGACUUUGAAAAUUUGUCCCAUUUCUUCACUUUGUAUUUCCACCGCCCCAUGGUCAAAAGUUUUUAUAACAACAAAAGGCCCAAUCCACCAUGAUCUUAACUUUCCAGGAAAUAAUUUCAAUUGCGAAUGGUAAAGUAAUACUCUAUGUCCCGGAUCAAAAUGUUUGCGGAUGAUGGACUUGUCAUGGAAAAGCUUCGUUUUCUCCUUAUAAAUCAUUGACUUUUCAUAAGAGUCAUUUCUCAAUUCUUUUAACUUUUGAAGUUGAAGUGUCCUAUGUUUUCCCGCCUCGUCAAUGUUGAAAUUGCAUUGCUUUACCACCCAAAAUACACAAUGCUCCUAUUCGACGGGAAGAUGACAUGGAUUUCCAAAAACCAACCUAAAUGGGGAGAUUCCUAUUGGGGUCUCGUAAGCGGUCCGAUAGGCCCACAAGGCAUUAUCAAGCCUCAAACUCCAAUCCUUUCUUGUCAGAUUCACAGUUUUCUGAAGAAUACUCUUCACUUCACGAUUUGAAACUUCCGCUUGACCGUUUGUUUGAGGGUCGUAGGCAGUUGAGACACGAUGGGUCACGUACUUUCUCAAUAAAGCCUCUAUCAUCUUGUUGCAGAAAAGCGUCCCUCGAUCACUAAUCAACGCCCUAGGCACACCAAAUCUCACAAAGACAUUAGAUUUGAAAAAGUCAAUAACCGUUUUGGCAUCAUCCGAUCUUGUGGCUUUGGCCUCAACCCAUUUAGAGACAUUGUCAAUCGCGAGCAAAAUAUGAACGUUACCAAAUGAGACGGGAAAUGGGCUCAUAAAAUCAAUCCACCAUACGUCAAAAACUUCACAAACAAGGAUUGGAUUUUGUGGUGUUUGAAUUUUUUGUGAAAUGUACCCCGUCCUUUGGCACCGUUCACAACUUUUACAAAACAAAUAACAAUUGCGUGACAUGGUUGGCCAAAAUAGGCCACACUCAAGAACCUUUCUCAAAGUUCGGUUAGGUCCGAAGUGUCCUCCACAAGCAAAUUCAUUACAAAAUUGCAAAAUGGAUUCAUGUUCUUGUUGAGGCACACGUCGCCAAAUGAUUUGAUCGUGACAAUGUUUCCACAAAUAAGGUUCAUCCUACACGUAAUAUUUUGCAUCACUUUUCAAUUUUGCUUUUUGAGCGUGUGUGAAUGUGUCAGGAUCCAUGUUUUUUUACCUAAAAGUUAAAGAAAUCGUCAUACCAAGGAAUAUAUUGAGUAGGUGAAAAGAGAUGCUCAUUCAGAAACUCGUCCCGCAACGAGAGGGGAGUUUCAUUUGAAGUGAUCCGACUUAGGUGGUCGACAACAAGGUUUUCGCAUCCGCUCUUCUCCCGAGUUUCCAAAUCAAAUUCGUGUAAUAAUAAGAUCCACCGAAUGAGUCUUGGUUUUGCAUAUUUCUUUGUCAUUAAGUACUUGAGAGCCGUAUGAUCCGAAUACACUAUAACUUUGGUACGAAGUAGAUAUUGCCUAAACUUCUCUACAGCGAACACUAUGUCCAAUAGCUCAUUCUCCAUGGUAGAGUAGUUGCUUUGAGUAUAGUCUAGUGUCCUCGAUAAUAGAUCACAUGGGAGGCUCUUCCAUUCUUUUGACCCAAAACGUCGCCAAUAACAUAAUUGCCUACAUCACACAUGAUCUCGAAGGGGAGAUCCCAAUUUGGUGCUUGUAUGAUGGGGACAGAUGUAAGCAAUUCCUUGAGCUUGUCGAAAGCUUCUUUUCCCGCCUCAAUGAACUCGAAGAAACCUCCUUUUGCAAGAGUUGGCACAUUGGUCUUAUUAUCUUUGAAAAAUCCUUGAUGAACAUUCGAUAAAAUCCGACAUGAGCUAAAAAAGAACAAACUUCCCGAACACAAGUCGGGUAAGGUAUACCCCUUGUGAUUUCCAUUUUGGUUAAUUUGUUUUGGAACCAAAUGCAUAAUAUGGGUACGGGUGAUGGAAGAACUAGAUUAGACACCGAGGCUGUGGGUGUUGACAGUGUGAAGUCUGAAAUUGACGACUACAUUGAAUCACUUUGGAUGUUGGUGAUGACUCAAUGGCAGCAUUCAAAUGGCUUACUUGCAGGGUCGGUGUCUGAGGAGUUGACUACAUUCUCGAAACAGCAACCAAAGGCUCCAUUAGACAGGAGUAAAUCUGUCGAUGUCGCUUUCAAGGUGCUUGAGUUUAUUAGCAACAAGGAGGAAAGUAGGACAUGGGUUGCCAUUGAGAAGCGAUUUGAUGAUCUCACCAAGGACACCAAUGGAUUACUUCCACGGUUGCAUUUCUGGGAAUGCAUUGGGAUGAACAAGGAUUCCCAAGAUUUUGCUGGGGUGCUGUUUGAUUCAUUAUCUCUAAGGGCCAACAUAAAAGGUGAAUUGAUUAACAAAGAUCAAAUGUAUGAGUUUUGGAACCAAAUUUCUGAUCAGAGUUUUGACUCAAGGCUACACACUUUCUUUGACAUGAUUGACAAAGAUGCAGACGGUAGGAUCACAGAAAACGAUGUCAGAGAGAUUAUUAUCCUUAGUGCUUCAGCCAACAAGCUCUCGCAUCUUCAAAAUCAAGCAGACGAAUAUGCCGCAUUGAUCAUGGAAGAGCUAGACCCGGAUAACAACGGUUACAUCAUGAUUGAGAAUUUGGAGAAGAUAUUGUUGCAAGCACCAGAGGGUAACGAGAGAGCAGAAAGCCCAAAGCUGAAAACAACGGAAAGUAGUAAGCCAAUCAGGAGAUGGUAUGAAAAUUUUAGACUAGCAAAAGUUUUAUUCAAGGGUAAAUAUGGAGCACCAGCACAAGACUAUAAGAAAUACAGCGUGGUGUUACUAGUGGGGUCAGGAAUGGGAGCAACCCCAAUGAUUAAUAUUGUGAAAGAUAUUUUGAAUAACAUUGAAGCCAAAGAAGAGGAAAAUGGUAGCACUGGCGAAUGGCACAAGAAAAAAUCAGGGCCAACAAACUUUGAAACAACAAGAGCUUACUUCUAUUGGGUGACUAGCGAACAGCGUUCGUUUGACAUGGUUAAAGACAUUAUGAAUGAUGCUGCUGAAAUGGAUAAAUAUGAUGUCAUUGACAUGCAUGCUUAUUGCACCAGGGUUUUUGAGGAAGAUGACGCUCGGUCUGCCCUAAUCAAAAUGGUUGAGUCACUUAAUCAUGCCAAAAAUGGUGUUGAUGUUGUUUCGGCGUCUCGUGUUAAGACUUAUUUUGCCAAACCCAACUGGUUUGAGACGUACAUGCACAUUGCUCUUAAACACUCGGGUUCCAGAAUAGGGGUGUUCUAUGGUGGAGAGCCAGCAUCAGCAAAAGAGCUGAAACAACUAGCUCAUGAAUUCUCACACAAGACAUCAACCAAAUUUGAUUUCUGUAAACAGAACUUCUGAUUUUUUUUUCCUAAAGAUUUCCAGAUAUGGAUCCAAUCAAAACCCUUCUAGAAUCAUAAAUUCUACCCCUCUAUGUACAGAGAAUUGAAGAUCAAGGCCGCUAUAAUUAAAGACUAGUUGUAUAUCCGCGCUAGGCAACGGGUCACAAAAGUUUAUUAAGUUUAUAUGAUAUGAUGUCUGGUAAAUAAAUUUCUUUAUUUGUUGUUAUAUCUUAAUUUUGGCUAAAUAGAAAAUUGUUUUGUUUCAAGAUUUGAAUAAGAACAUGUAAUCUUCAGACACAUAUAGAGAAAUCCUUGUGAGUACUA